AUGGAUAUUCGCAGCACUCCGAAAGUGAUACAGGGCAAAAAGAAGACUAAGAGGAACAACAAAAGCGAUUCGCUUAAAGUUGUGUACAUAUCUAGCCCCAUGAAGGUGAAGACUAGCGCGUCGAGAUUUCGUUCCCUCGUCCAAGAACUCACCGGGAGAGACUCCGACGUAUCGCGAUACAUGGAAGCCAAUGGUGCUGAUGCAGAUUUUCUUGAGAUUGUUUGUGAUGAUGACAGAGCACUACCUAAAUCUAAUUCUUCCAUGCAUACUUGUAGAGAAUCUCCUACAACUACAAGUUCAGAUUCAUUCUUAGACCCUAUAGAUAAUGUGUUCAGCUCUCAAAUGGAUGAGCAGUUUGGAGGGUUUUCUUCUUCUAGUUUGCUCUUUGAAUCUUAUCAAUUUGACGAUGUUCUAGGAAGCUAUGAUGAAUUGUAA